AUGUCAAAUGUAUCUGCUGAAGUAGCUACAGUGGCAGAAGCAUCUACAAGUGAUCUGACUUUAGUAGAUUAUUUCGUGGUUGUUGGUCAUGACACUACUACAUCAUUACAAAUGGAAGUAGGUAGUGCAGUAAGCUUUGAUGCAUCUGAGCUGUUGUACUUUCCACCUUUAGAACGAUCUUAUGUUGCUUCAGUUUUGUACCAUUUCCCUGAACGACGCAACGCAUAUUUAUUCCCUACAGAAAUAGUCUCGUUAUGUAUGCCGAAAGGUCUAAGAUUUUAUACUCAAAAUGAUGUUCCGUUGCCAGCGGUGCAUACAUUUGCCAAUAUUCGUGAAGAUGGAUCGCGCGUAAAUGGUUGUGCUCUUAUUUAUCAUGAAGAAGUAAAAGAUAUUGGUCUUUGUGAGCAAAUGUCACAAUUACAUACAGAGCAUGUGCGGUUCUUGACAGUUCGUGAAAAAGCUAUCGAGCGCACCCAUGUGCCACCUGGAACCAUAUCUGGUGGUACACACACUCUCCCUCGGGAAAGUCGUAAGAAUCAUGCAAAGCGAACUUCGUACUACGAUUCUGGCAAUUCUAGACUAUAUAUGGCUAAAUGCAUCUGUCUCAUUAGUCGCAUUCCAUUUGUUUCGGCUGGAGAACGUUUAUUGACAGCUCUUCAUUCUGUUUUCACCUCGGAAAUACAGCCUCCUCAGCUCCCUUUGGAAAGCUAUAUCUAUUGGAUUUUAAAUGAAGUUCCACUGCCUGCUCCAGGUAGUACCUUAAAAUUAUGUUUAGACCAAAUUGACAUCGUUCUGCAAAGACCAGGACCUAAUGAGCUACCUUUUUUCGAUUACGCGAUCGGUUCACUGUUCAAUUUGCUCACUGUUGAUAAAUUUCUUCGUCUUUUCACUUGCUUUCUUCUUGAACAUCAAAUUAUUUUGUGCUCAAGAAAGAGUUUAUGUGCACUGGCAUUUCCUUUUCGCUGGCAGCUUGCAUAUGUGCCAAUAUUACCUCUCUCUCAACUGAAAUUUAUGGAAGCCCCAGUACCUUUUGUAAUGGGUUUGUGUUACGAUGACACACUGUCAGAACAAGUAUUUCAGGGCAAUAUGUGUGUUUUAAAUGUUGAUUCUGGUGAACUAAGUAUGCCAGAAGAUGUACCAUCUUUUCCAGACAGAGCAGAAUUUGCGAGGGAGGUUGCGAGUGUCCUUAUUAGAUGUGAAGAGCAAAGUAUAAUUGUGGAUGGCGAAAUUGUGAAACGACGAAUUGGUAUUAAAAGCAGAGACGAUUGGUGCAGGAAACGGAUGUCUCGUUCAUUUGAUGAUGAAACAUUAGUAAAUAUGCUGGAGGAGGAUGAUUUCUCCAGGCGAACUAUUUCACGGAAAGAUCUCCCUCCGCUUCCUCUUGAUGAUGUUUUAAGACAGAGUGAAGUCUUAGCUAGGGUUACUGCUAUUGCUCGCCGUGCAGGCGUCACUGUUCCAUUCGAAAGUAUUGAAAAAGAACUACAAUCAAAUGAUUCAUACACAAAUUCACCGGAUAUGAAGGUCAAUAAUGCAGUUCGUGAGGUCUUCGUCAAUAGAUUUGCAUGGCUUUUCUAUUCUUACGAACAUUUUGUUAUUAAUAGUGUUUGUCAAGACCUUGAGACGUAUUUUGCUAGCCGAGAAUCCGUGGCAAAUUUUGAUAAAGCGGCGUUUCUUUCUGAUCAACCGAAUUGUAACUUACCGUUUUUAGCAGCAUUUUUGGAAACUCAGAUGUUCACAUCGUUCAUUGAUGCAAAAAUCGUUUCUCAAUGGGAAACACCUGAUGAAAAUCUUCAGAUUUUUGAUUUUCGAAUACAAGCUUUACGUACAAAAUACGGCCUCCAGAUGGUGCACACUCCAACUUAUGAAAAAGCGCCAUUAUCAUUUGAUUCAGAAGAAAUUAUAGCGAAACGUGAAGAAGCACUUGAUUAUAUUGUACCUCUUCCACAUGAGCUUCCAGGCACGUCAACAAGAUUAUAUGAUGGAACAUUUCCUGAGCUUAAUGAAGCUGUUCUAGAAGGUUCUGUUGUGAGAAGUCCGAUGCCAUCACCUUGGAAACAGCGACAUCGAAGGUUGCGACCGAAGUUGCUAGAGAACACUGUCGUCAGUGCUAACACAUCAAGUAGGCAGGGAUCGUAUAAAGCAGACACACCAAAACAAAUAGCUCAUCAAAACUGGAAAUUUGUUGAACAGUUGUUGAAGGAAACCAAAGGUAAAACUAAGCGAAUGCUUGUCGAAAAAAUGGGCAAGGAAGCAUUGCAGCUUGGACAUAGUGAUGCCAUUGUGAAUGGUCUCGAAGAAAAUACUUUGGUUGCUUCGUUUUGCGAUUUGUUGGAACGAAUUUGGGCACACGGUUUGAUUAAAAAGCAGGGCAAAUCAUCCUUAUGGGCUCAUAUUUUGAAUCAUCAAGAAGUCGAGAAAUUAGGAAUACUCUGUCGGAGUACUACGCGUAGAAACUCAGCACUCACUCCAGAUAUAGAUGAGAUAAAUUCUGGUACGUUCAAACAGCAGGAAAAUAUAGAGAUAGUGACCUCCAUUAACAAUGAUUCAUGCCCUAAGCUUGCAAAAAAUGUCCAACAGCAGUGCAUCGAUGAUCCUCAUGCAACCAUUUGGUCUCUUCCUAUUCUUCGAGCAGCGAAUUUCAUUUGUAAUAAGUUAAGUUCCAAUGUAAACAACUACAUGGAAUAUACAAACUGGAAAGAACCUUUUCGAACUAUGAAUGUGUCGCCUAAUUUGGGGCCUUUAAGACAUUCAAGAUCAUCACAAAAGAUUUUCAGAAAAGGAGCCAUCCUGCAUAAAGCUAAUUCUUUCGAUGAUCUUGCUCCUCACUGGAAUAUAGGUGAAGUUAAUGUGAAUGAAAAUUUGACUGAUUCACCUUAUAAGAAAAGUAGUUCAAGAACUAACAGUCCUGAUUUGCGGCAGUUUCUUUCGCCUUUGCCUAUGCAUAUUGCUUAUGACUUGAAAAAUGUUUUACGAAUGACGGAUAUCAAAACUGAUAUUGGUUAUGCGCGGGCAUUUGUGCGACUCGCUUUAGAAAGGAAGCUUCUUUACAAGCAUCUGAAAACUAUUCUUUCCAAUAGCCGUCUUUUACAGCAACUUUACAAACGUUAUGCUUUUCUUCGAUGUGAUGACGAAAAGGAACAAUUUUUGUAUCAUGUAUUAUCACUAAACGCAGCGGAAUUUAAUUGUUUCACCAAUACAUUUAAAAAUACUAAAAUGCUCUAUCAUGUGUUAUUAGUAACUCAGAAUUCGCGUCCAACUAUCCCAUGGCCUUUAUGGGUUAUUAUUACUGGAUCUUUAUGCUCAACUGCAGCAAUCGAAGUGAAGCAGGGUACAAAUGAUUUCACAUUUGAUUAUAGAAAUCUUGGCAUAUUGUCAACAUUAAGAGUUGGUCAUGGUGAUUUGAAUGUUUCUAAUGGAGCAACUCCAAAAUGGUUUCUUGACUAUGUGUUAGUGCGAAAUGAAAUAACAGGGCAAAGCUACCGUUUCUGCUGCGGACGUUGGUUCGGUAAAGGGGUCGAUGAUGAUUCGUUGGAAAGAUUGCUUGUUGCUGAAAGACAACCACUAGCUGAUCACAAUGAAGUCUCAGUUGAUGAAAAUUGUUCGGAACGUAUUCCAAAAAUAAGCUUGAAAAAUCGAACUCCAGCGCCACGGUCUCGCUCUCCGAGUACUAGUAGAUCAGAAAACUUCAGUCAUAGAUCAUCAAGGGUACGUUUGACAGAAAUCCAGCAUCAGUUAGGAGAAGCGGUAAAUGCUUUAGUGAAAUAUUUUUAUACGAACUCAGAAGCUCAUGGUCAUGGCGAAUUAACUCAGCUGCUUUGUGCACCAGGAAAAGGUUUUGUUAGUGUUAUGGUUUCUGUUUUUUUGUGUGGUCGUCAGGAUUCCAUUUGGUCCACUCGCCUUUUCCGUCCUCAUUAUCCAUGGGAUUACAUUGAAAAGGUGUGUAUUUGGUUUUGGGAUCUUAUACAUUUGGAUGAUGCAAAAAAAUUAACUCGAGAGCAGCAUUCACUUAUCAUUCAAGCAUGCAGUCUUGCUCGUCGCAUUUCUUCUAAUACUUUUUUGGGAAAAGAUGGAAAAUUUCAAUUGUUCAUUUUAAUUGCUGUCCGGGACCAUAUAUUGUCCGGUUUGUUACCAUUAAUGGCUUGGACUCCAAUAACGUCACAGAUGUACGAGGAGCCAUGUUUUUUACGAACUCCUCAUUAUUUGAAUUAUCUAUCAAAACUAAUUAGUUCUCUCAAUGAAUUUCAUUUUAUCUUGGAAAAAUCACUUGUUUAUGGUAUUGAGUGAAA